AUGUUCCCUUCCUCAGAACGGCUUAUGAAUCUCACCAUUAAAAACAGUCGUCUGAGAGAGUUUCCCUUUGAAUAUCUUUCAAUAUUGCACCACUUGAAUGUACUCAAUUUAGAUGAAAAUAACAUCGAAACAGUUCCGGCUCUCCAGAGCGGCAGCAUCGAGACACUCAACCUCAAACACAAUAAGAUUACGCGAGUGGUGGAAAUAGGAUGGGUGACUCCCAAUCUAAAGAAUCUCUAUCUGUCCUUCAAUUCAUUGGCCUCUGUCCCAGUCCUUAAUAUCAACAGCCUCGAGAUACUCGAUCUUUCGUCCAAUAAUAUUACGAGCGUAGAGGACAACGGAUGGAUCACUCUCAACUUGAGGGAAGUCUAUCUCCAGUCCAAUUCAUUGACAUCAGUCCCAGCUUUCAAGGGAGGCAGCAUCGAGACACUCUCCCUCUCAUUCAAUAAGAUUUCGAGAGUGGAUGUAAACGGAUGGGCAACUCCCAAUUUGAAGAACCUCGACCUCUCCUCCAAUUUAUUGACCUCGGUCCCAGCCCUCAAGAUUGACAGCCUCCUGGUACUCUCUUUAUCAUCCAAUCGGAUUGGAAGAGUGGAUGGAAAGGAAUGGGCAACACUCAACUUGAGAAAACUCUACCUCAUGUCUAAUCCCUUGGUCUCUCUCUCAGCACUCCAAAUAGACAGGCUUGAAAUACUCUCCAUAUCGUUCAAUAAGGUUACUAGAGUGGAUGAAAAUGGAUGGGCAACUCCCAACUUGAAGAAACUCUACCUCCACAAUUAUUGGAUGACCCCGAAUGCAGAUUUGGAGAGCAAUAACCUGGGGAGGCUUAACUUCAAAAGCAAUAAGACUAUGAAAGCAGAUGAAGCCGGAUGGCUGGCUCCCAACGGUAACAAACGGGACAUUCGUCGCAAUCCUCUGCUGAAGUUCCCUUCUUCGGUGAUAACUAGCCUCGAGAAACUGGAAGAAUUCUCUUGUUCGUUCUGCAAUUUCGGACCCACCCUUUCAGGCGGGCUCCUGAAAUUUCAGAGCAAUUCCUUGAAGAUGGUGUCCCUUCAGGACGCCGACAUCUCGAAACUGGAACCAGAAGCAAUCACAGGUCUCAGGACUGACACAAACGUUGACCUCUCUUGGAACAACAUUAGUACGAUAGACGAAAGAAUCUUUAGACCCAUCUUGGAGAAGAUAUCCUCAGGACUUGGGCUCCUCGAUAUACAAUACAAUCCCAUCAAAUGUGAUUGCAAUUUGGCGUGGCUGGCAUUUGCUCCUGUGUUACUGAGCAAAGUCGAGGGAACAUGCGAGAACGGAACUGACUUGAAAGACUUGGACCUGUGUCCCCCGCUUCCUCCGCUCACUCUCAUCCCACCCAGCACUGCACCCGCUGCCUUCCAGGACCCAUUCUCGUCGCUCCUCCUUCUCCCUGUUGUUGGACUACAUAGAGAAGAUGAGACUGGAAACAAAACGGAAUGCUUUCGAGGUGGGAAAUAUCGUACAGGAAGCGUAGUUAAAUAUUUCUGUGCCAGGUAUUACGUUCUCAGGGGUCCACGCUUUCGAACUUGUGGAGAGAAUGAAGAAUGGACAGGACCUGCUCCAUUCUGCGAGCCUGAAUGUGGGAUGAAAAUGCAAGUUGAUACAGGGGGUUGGCGCCCGGUUCACACUGCCCGUGGGAGGGAAGCACCUAUUGGGGAGUGGCCAUGGAUGGUGGCCAUCUACGACAACCAUGAAUUCGUUAAGGACAUUAUUUGUGGAGGGGCUCUAAUUGGAGAACGAUGGGUCCUUACAGCGGCACAUUGCGUCGUGGACUACAAUCCCUUUCAAGUCAGAGACAAGGACGACUACUUAGUCUAUUUAGGCAAGCACUAUCGAAAUGACUCCAAGGACGAUGGAUUCGUGCAAAUCAGGAAGGUGGCUAAGAUCAUCCCGAACAUGGAGAACAAGCGUUUCAAGUUCCGUUCAGACCUCGCACUGUUGAAACUGAACCAAUCCGUCAAAUUGACGAAUGGAGUUCAGGUGGUCUGCCUUCCCACUAAAGAAUACCAGUCUCGGAGCAAUCUACUUCAUGGUGUGAAAGGAUGGUUGGCAGGUUGGGGCGAAGACGCCUCUAAUUUCCCAUCUGAAUUCUUGAGAGAGGUACUACUUUCAGUCCACGCUAGACCUAGUUGUGAAAAUCAAGUUGGAAAAGUCGCAGGAAAAAUUCCCGAGCUCACCGAUAAACUGUUCUGUGCGGGUCAUCAACCAUACCCCGAACCCUCCAGAGAACAUGAGACGGUGUGUAUAGGGGAUUCAGGGAGUCCCAUGACCUUCCAAGCGGAUACCAAGCAGGAGACUAGUCCCUGGGUAGUAGAAGGAAUAUUAAGUCACACUUAUGCCAAGGAGAAACAGAAAUGCUCGGAGAUGGUCCACGGCCAGUUCGGCAUCUUCAUCACUGUCCAUAAGUUCAUCGAUUGGAUCAAGGAGACCAUGGAGAAGAAUGCUGAGUAAAUGUCAACACGCUCCUCAAUUGUGAACUCUAUCCAUGUUUUUCACGUUCUCAAAAGUUCAUUUGUGUUGCUUGAGUCUCCAUUUCUACUGGAAUGGCUUUUCACUUAAAUAAAGGUCC